CAAUAACGAACGGCACUCGCUGCACUUCCGUUGCCCAUGACGCCGGAGCGAAGUUCUGACAGCUGAUUCCCCAGUCAGUUUAAAUCCACUUUGAGCCUCCAAAUCCUCUGUUUUUGGGGUGAUUUACAGUCGGACGUGCCCGCUACAGUCUCCGGCUGGAGUUGCAGACGGCGCCUUGAACAGAGGAGAGCAGGUUGAUUAUGGUGUAGCACGGAGCGCUAGCUCUGAAACAGCAGGCAUUUGAGAAGCAGUGCAGUGCAGUGUGGGGCAGACCGAGGCAGAUCACAGCAGCGUAGCCAUGCUUACACUGGCCAGUAAACUGAAGAGGGAUGAUGGAGGAAAGACGGGCCGUGCCUCCGGAGCCUCCGACUCCACCCACAGGGUCUCCAUCAGGGACCGCCUCCUUACCAAAGAAGUUGCAGAACUUGAAGCCAAUCUCCCUAGUACAUGCAAAGCCAGUUUCCCAGAUGAAGACAAGCUGCAUCAUUUUCAGCUGGCAGUGUCUCCUGAUGAGGGUUACUACCAAAGUGGAAGGUUCCAGUUUGAAAUAGACGUUCCCGAAGCCUAUAACAUGGUGCCUCCUAAAGUGAGAUGUCUGACCAGAAUAUGGCAUCCUAAUAUCACAGAGAAUGGAGAGAUCUGUUUGAGCUUAUUGCGGGAACACUCGAUUGAUGGUACAGGCUGGGCCCCCACCAGAACAUUAAAGGACGUGGUUUGGGGAUUGAACUCCUUGUUUACCGACCUGUUGAACUUUGAUGAUCCGCUGAACAUCGAUGCAGCAGAACAUCAUCUGAGAGACAAGGAGGAUUUCCGGAAUAAGGUUCAAGAUUACAUCAAGCACUACGCCAGAUGAUAGAAGCACUUACAUUAGCCUGCACCAAUCAACCAAACUGCUCUACCUUGCCUCUGCUUACCUUGGCCAACUCCCCGAUGUGUGUGAAUCAACAGCUGACUCUUUGACUCAUCCACUCCCUUCCUCCUGACACCACAGCCCUGCCUACGCCCUUCUCUGUUCCCCCAGUUGCAAUAAACUCCACCUCGCAGGAACAAAAUAAAAAGAAAAAAAAGAAAAAAUUCUCUGUUUAAGAAGGGACUUGCAUACAAAAGAAAAAUACGCUUUAAUUAUCCUAAAUGAUUGAGUGCUACAAUGACCACAAUGUCUGCUCGUUGUGGCAAGAUCACUGAACGCCGCCGCCUCACUGACGUGUCCCCGCGUCUGUCGGAAACGAGCCACGGCGACGAACGACAGGGGAUUCGAUGUGAUGAUUCACCGGCGAAAGAAAAAAACAAAAAAACAAAAUCACGUUUAGCUGUUUUAAAAUUUGAAGAAUGAUGAGAAAGAAUAUCUGUUACUAUCAGUUCUCUGUUCAGUGCCUGCCAUGUUUGUGUUGCUAAAGAGAAAAUGCAUGUGAGUUCACAAACACACACACACACACACACACACACACAUCCUUGUCGUUGAAGGUGAACACGUCUGAUACUCACACACAGACACACACACUCAAGUUGGAAAGCCUACAGCCCCACUAGACAGCAUGUGAAUGACCACAUUGUCCUGUUUUGUUAUUCUCCUUGCAUGUACACACACACACACACACACACACACACACACACACACCACAUCACAUACAAACCCUGUGUGUUUUCAGCCCCAUUACUCCUUAAACCACAGCCAAAUGUAUCGUACUGUUUUCAGCUUCACGUCCUCUUCACACCCCUACUGUCCUCUGUCUGUCUUUUUGUCUUCCUCUCUGUCUCUCUAUAACACACACACACACACACACACACACACACACACACACACAUGUGUACCUUCUCCCACUGAGGAUACAGAGGUGAAUUCAUACUUACAGUGCAGUCAGUGACAGUGACACAUUUGCUAUGACUCCUCUAUGCUUAAGCACAUUGGGCUGGAAAUGAAACAAUGGCGAUGGGUUUAAAGUACUGAUUCAGACCUAUAAUUUUACACCUAUAACAAAUAAACAGUAGGAGUAGGAGUUGUUGUUCUUUGGUAUAGCAGCUCUCUCCUCAUUGUUUAGACUCUUUUUCUGUUUUAUUUCAGAUGCUUUUAAGUUCAGUCCUCAAGUGAAGCAAGCAUGACGGACUGAAACACCUGGAAACACCCCUAAAACUGACAGUCAGCACUCUAACCCCACGGUUGUUUCAUUUCAGUCUCAUUGGGCUGCGUUACAAAAAAAACACUUUACUGUCCCAAGACUUUGCGAUUGCACUGUAAAUACCCUCUCGUUCUGUGUGUGGGAGGUUCCCCUGGCUAAGACGUAGAGUAUGUCUCUAUAGGAAAGGUAACAGUCCUUACCUCUCUCUUGGUGUGUGUUUCCUCCAUCUGGCAUGUCUUUAAAAAGUCAGCAGCAUGAGUUCAGACGGCAAGCUAACUAACUAGUGAGGAAACAAGCUGGCGAGUGAGUCAGUGGUUUUUGCUCCGUGCAAGAAACCCCCGUUUCACCAUUUGUGUGUAGUUCUCGACAUCCAUGGCAGGUUAGCUCACUCAUUAGCCAUCAAGCAUUGCUAAUGAACGUUUCUGGAGCUUCUUGGCUCAAAAUAACGUCAAACUGUCUUUAUAAACCUCUUCCAUUGUGGAUUUUGGCCAUAUAUUGUGUGUGUUUACAGAGAGAGAGAGAGACGGUGCCACUCGGUUAGCCAGUGAGGGUGUAGUGUGUGCAUGCUUGUGUGUGUCCUGCUUGGCUGUGGCUAGCAUUGUGCCUCCAGUUUAGAGUCACGUCUCUUAACAUCAGCUGUUGUCACACCGCUCAGCUUUGUCAUCACAUGUCUGCAUGAGGCGAAUCUCUGUAAUCUGCCAGGGGUGCAUUUUACUAAGGAUGUCAGAAACGUGUUGUUAAAGAUUUAAUUUUUAUGUCCGAGGUGUGCGUAAAGACCGAACUUUUUGUGCUUGUGGAGUGUGUGUGUGUGUGUGUGUGAGAGAGAGAGAGUGUGUGUGUCAGUAUGACGUGUUGAAACGAUGUGACUUGUUAGCAUGCUCUGGUUUCCUCUUGCCCCUCUUUUCUUUUUGUUAUUCUGGCCCAGCAUUCAACAGCUCAAUUUAGCUUUUUGUUUGUUUUGUUUUUUCCUUGUGAAGGUAAACAGAUCAACAGACAACACUGGCCUCUGUCAAAGUAAAGGACCUGAGAAAAAGGUCCGCUGAAAGCAGAUGUGAAUGUGGGCAUUCCACGGUAUUUUCCUGCAUGGUUUUGGUCCACUCAGACCUUGAAGGCUAAUGCUACUGCCUAUUAAUUUGAAGCCAUCCUGUGUUAUUGCAGUUACAGUUAAUUGCCUCCAGGAUAUGGUAGCCCACCACUCUGUACUCUUAGCCUUACUGAUACUCUGACUUUAGCUUCCUGACGGACACCUCGUCCUACGAUUAAGUUUGACAGUCAGCAGUGCUUUCGUUUUCCCGGGACGUCACUGGGAAAUGUCUCUGCUUGGGCUAAACUCCAUCUUUGGGCCAGGGGAGAAGAUUAACAGACCUGUUCUUCAAAUCCUCAACCUUUUCUUUCUCAGAUUGUAUAUCCAUUUUUUAAGAUAUAUUAAAGAGAAUAUAAAUAAAACAGUGUGUCUUUGAA